GCCGCGAGGGCGCCGCCGUCGCAGUGCUCCCCAGGCCUCAGUCACGGUCGGUGCGCGCCGCGAUUCGGCUCUCGCGAUCAUUCGAUCCCCGUAUCAUCGCUCUUUGCGUUUUGAAAUCGCUCACGAGUGGCAGUGAUAACUUCGAUUAGGACUCGCCGAUAGCGGCCGUUCCAGUGCACCUGGACGAUAAACCGUCGCUCGCGUCGGCCCGAUCUGUGCCGAAUUGAAUUUUUCACGUCGACGAAACUCCGAGAUAAUUUCCCCGAGAGUGAAUUUACACUGGAUUCUGUUCGUAUAUUUUACAAUAUCCUUGUGUGAGUUGAUAGUGCCGAGUCAGUGCUAGAAAAUGCGUCCGAAGGAGGACACGGACACGAAGCUCCAAACGGGAACUUUCAUAUUGUCCGAGAAAAUCGAUGACACCAAAAUGAAGAAGAACGACAAGGACAUGAAGAAAGAGAUGAAGCGGCUGGAGAAGGAGAAGCAGGAGAGGGAGAAGCGCGAGAAGAAGGCGCGGGACAAGGACAAGGAGCGCGAGAAGCACGCCAAGAAAGGGAAGGUGGUGUGCGGCGCGUGCGGCGGCAAGUGCAGCGGCGAGGUGCUGCGCGUGACGGACAAGUACUUCCACACCGGCUGCUUCACGUGCCGCGCCUGCGCCGCGUCCCUCGCGCGCGGCGGCUUCUUCUGCAAGGACGGACACUACUACUGCCCACAGGACUACCAGCGCGCGUUCGGCACGCGCUGCGCGGCGUGCAACCAGUACGUGGAGGGCGAGGUGGUGUCCGCGCUCGGCAACACCUACCACCAGAAGUGCUUCACGUGCGCACGAUGCAAACGCGCGUUCCCAUCAGGCGAAAAAGUGACAUACACGGGCGCAGAAGUGGUAUGCUCUGCGUGCGUAUCGGCGCCGCAAAGACAGACGGCGCGUACCGGCGCCGCGCCCGCGCCCGCCUCGCCGUCGCCGGCGCCGUCGCCCGCGCCCGCGCAGACCAACCACGUCAACCACGCCAACCACGUCAACCACGCCUCGCGCGACUCCACCGACCGAGCUGACAACAGGAACCACAACGAGAACGAAUGUGCGGGAUGCGGUCAGGAACUAUCAGAAGGACAAGCGUUAGUUGCUUUAGACAGACAAUGGCACACGUGGUGCUUCUCGUGCGGCGAGUGCGGCGCCGUGCUGGCGGGCGAGUACAUGGGCCGCGGCGGCGUGCCCUACUGCGAGCGCGACUAUCAGCGCCUGUACGGCGUGCGCUGCGCCUACUGCCAGCGCUACAUCUCCGGCAAGGUGCUGCAGGCCGGCGAGAACCACCACUUCCACCCGACUUGCGCUCGCUGCAGCAAGUGCGGCGACCCGUUCGGCGACGGCGAGGAGAUGUUCCUGCAGGGCGCCGCCAUCUGGCACCCGCGCUGCGGGCCCGCGCCGCUCGAGCCUUCCGACGACCCUGACGCGCUGCCCGACCCGUCCUGCUCUGAGCUGCAGUGGUCGCUGCGGUCCCGCACGCCGAGCGUCAACGGCUCGUACUGCAGCCCCUACAGUAGCUUGACCAGGAAGUACGGCUACCGCGCGGUGUCGCCGGGGCUGGCGCUGCGCGAGUACCGCUCCUCGGGCGGGUCGCCGCACCGCAUCACCACGUACUCGUACCUCACGUGCGAGCCCGCCUACCUGCGCCGCCCCGUGCAGCCCUACGACCGCCCGCCCACCAGCCCGCACUUCCACCGCCCGCCCUCGGCGGCGUCGACGCGGGCGUCGUCGCGCGCGGGCAGCAAGGCGUCGUCGCGGCCCGGCAUGCGCGCGCUCGUCGACUCCAUGCGCUCCGAGACGCCGCGCCCCAAGUCGCCGCACAUGAACAACGAGGAGCCCAUCGAGCUGUCGCACUACCCUUCGGCGUACAAGCCGCCGCCCGGCACCAAGCCCAAGAUCGAGAGAGAUGACUUCCCCGCGCCGCCCUACCCUUACACAGACCCAGAGCGGCGCCGGCGCUGGUCGGACACGUACAAAGGAGUUGAGUCGGACGGGGAGGACGCGCCGGCCGUCAACGGCGACCACCAGCUGCAGCGCGAGCACCAGGAGCUCGCCAAGAUCGAGACCGGCAUCGCGCAGGUAUUUUUAAAAGAAGUGAAAGAAAGGGAAAAGCUUCAACAGUGGAAAAAACAGAACCUGGACCCAAGAAAUGCUAGCAGGACGCCAUCAGCAGCGCGCGAGGCGGGCACGCGGCUGCGCUACUCGUCGCCGGUGGGCGCGUCGCCGUCGCGCUCGCUCGACCACCCGCGACACGACGCGCAGCACUACCCCGCGCACCACCACCCCACCUAUAACGUGGUGUCGUCGCUGCGGUCGGCGCCGCGGCCGGGCUACGGGCUGGCCAACCGCUCGCACACCUUCUCUUCAAGCACCGCGGGAGACUUCACGUUCAGCGGCAUGGGCGACAAGACGCAUAGCACCGACUUCAGCAGCGGCAAGUCUGACAUAUCUGCCGGCUCCAUUACUGACGUAGACAGGAGUGCUGUGUCGCCCGUGCUCCGCCCGCAGACGACGGACGGGCCGGCGCGCGGCGGCAGCGCGCUGGUCGUGUCUCGCGGCGGCGGCGUGCGGCGCUCGCUGCCCAACAUGGCCACCAGCCACCUGCUGCACGAGCCCGCCAAGCUCUACCCCUACCACCUGCUGCUCAUCACCAACUACCGCCUGCCGCCCGACGUCGACCGCCUCAACCUCGAGAGGCAUCUAUCGGACGCGGAAUUCGAGGCGAUCCUCCAGAUCGGGCGCCAGGACUUCUACCGCCUGCCGCAGUGGCGCCGCAACGAGCUUAAGCGCCGCGCGCGCCUGUUCUAAGCGCAGACGACUCGGGCCAGCCGGGAGUACAACACACGCCGCUCUUUACCUUAUGUUACUGCGCGCUAAAGCCGGUCCGGCUGUCUUUGUCAUCGUGAAAAAGUUAAUUUAACAGUUUGGCUGACUUUAGCCACAAAUUUUGUGCAAUAAUCAUUAAUUUUCGUAAUUUAAAACACGAUUUCAAAUUUUUCACAUGCAACUGGAGAACCCGGGCAUAAACAUUUUUUAAAUAUUAUCCACCUGAAUGGUACAGUGCUUCCGGCGCCGAUGGCAGUUCUCGGUUGGUCCUUCGAGCCGGAUCUCCGUCUUACGACGAGUCGAUUGCAGAAAUCGUUUGACUAGGUGAACGAAUAGAUAAAUUUUCUUGGCUUGUGUUGCGAAAUUGAAAAAAGCGCGGUUUACCAUAAAAUAAGUUAAAAACCGGUUUUAGUUAUUGACGUGUCAUUCUUAUGGUUCAGAUGCGAUUGCUCCGGCAAUGCCAUGGUACUGACGUUGAUAAAUACGAGACGAUUUGUUCGACGCUCCGGUGCCCGGGCCGGGCCCGCCGCGUACUUAGCGUAUGCGCUGAGGUUCGCAUAAUUUUACAAUUUUACCGUUAUUUUAUUUAAUUAAUAUGUAACUUUAGAGAGCAGCUAAACGCUGCUACCUUUUAUAAAUACGACUUCUUUUUAUUUUAUUUAAAUAAUAUAGUGAUGAUAUUAUAAUAACUAUUACACAUAAUAAUAUAUUUAAAUUAAAUUAGGGUAUAUGCGGUGUGAUUUGACGGUAAUGCGUGAAGUUCAUAGAACUUGCUCUGUCAUAUUUAGUUGGUGGCGGUGUCGUCCGCCGCCUUGUUUCUUGUAGGUUUAGUUUGUGUUCCCAUACUGGCUUCUUUUCUUCCCAAAGUGACUUCUUUUCUUCCCAAAGUUUAUCUGAAUAAGGCACCUACUUACUGGCCACACCGUCGUGUGGUAUAAAUGGUACCUAUGAUGUAAAUUAAAGAGGAAACAAGGCGGCAGAUUACACCGCUUUAGUAGAAGGCGCGGUCCACACUUACGUUUCGCGGUACGGACAUGUCGUUACGUUACCGGUCGUGACGUGCACACUUGUCAAACUACAACACUUGCAUAUUUAAUGGUGCGCAAGUGUCAGGGUGUCUAGGAUACGACUAACAUUAGAUACUUAGUUCACUUACCCAUUCUUUAACUGCGUAAAAUAUUAGAUGUCCUUGCCGCGUCCCGUGUGGCCGCGGGUGGAAGCCUUCGUUCGCGUGACGCCGUCACAAGUUAGUGAGAACCAAAUAUAUUACGAUAUGUAAGAGAUGUUAUUUUGCGUUAGAGUAAGUGGCGAGCGCGCGCGCAAGCGGAAGGCGCCCGAGUGAUCGGAAGCGGUCCAGCAAAUAUAUUUAUUUCGUCCCAGAGAAUAAAAAUAAGAGUUAAAGGCUACUCAGUGAGCAGUAAAGAGAAAUGCCCAGAUGUUUUUGGUUAUCAAUCUGUUUCAUAGUUUCGCAAGAUGCUCGUUGUUUUGAAUUAGGCUGAUUUGAUGAAUGGCGGUGCUCUUGGACUGACCUUCGCCUGUGACCCCGCUUGCGCGCGCGCAGGAACAUUGACCCGCGAGUGCUGACCGCCCGACCAGACCCUGCACUUGCACUUCUAGUAGUUAUACGUUCGAAAGGUGCUAGGUAUCGGUAAGGAAUGCAAGCGAGACGACUCGACCGCGACCGGAGACACGAUUGCUUUACUUACGUUUCUUACAACACUUUAGGCUACGUCAGUGUACACGUGAAUGUUCCUAAACUAUGCUAGUGUGUGUGUUGCGUGUGAGUGUUGACGCGAGUGCGUCGCCCGUCGUUGUUUUUAAUUUUAUUAUAGGCAGAUAUUAUUUUGGUUGCAAUAUAGAUUGAUAUAAAGCAUUGAAGCGUUUCAUUCGGCGUUCGGACGGCUUAUAAGCGAUAUAUGUAUAGUCGUAAGGUUAUUUGUAAGGUUAGAUAGCUUACAAACAAUUGAGAUGCCUAACUUGUUACCAUUAGUGAAGUCGCGAAGUACACUUUAAUCCCGACAUCUCGGUCGUCUUUUUUACUCACUGCGCUUUUGCUUUUGGAGAAAAGAGACGACCGACUUCUCUGUCCUCGUCGUAAACAUUCUCAUCAAUUGGAUCGACAUAUCUUUAUCUACCCACAUUUGUACGAAAUGUUAAUCUGACAGCGAAGUAACUUUAUACAGAUAUUAUGUUCAAUUAUAUUUAAGUGUCUAAAUGUGUAUCAAAAUAUUUAACAUGAAAUUAGCAUCAGAAGAUUAAGAGUUUUCGUUAUAGUGUAAUUUUUCUAACAGCUUAGAAAGUUUUGUAUACAUUUCAGAACUUUUCGCUUGUUCGUUAGAGAUGCGUUUAUUGAGGUUACAGCCGUAGUCGCUUAAUAAUAAACCUUUAUACUUGGAUACAUAAAAAUAUUUGCUGUUAUGGUUCAUCAUUAGUAUCUCAUUACAUAAUUAUUAUGUUAAAUGUGUGUGAGUUUGGGUUGAUCGUAGGAAGACUUGCUUUUCAAUGACGUGACAGACGGAUGGGCACUUGGGGACACUGAUAACGAGUCAACAAAAAAAAUAUUUUAAACGUAUCGUAUUGUAUGUUAUUUUAAACAAUUAAAUCAAAAUUACAAACAAACGCAAUAAAAGUUCUCAAAGAACAAAAUCCUCUUUUUAGGAAAUAGGUGUCUUGAAAAAAUUGUCCAACUGUUUUACUAUAAAGUAAAUAUAAAUUUCGCAAAAUGUCUUUGGCUAGUCUUGAAACCUUGGUCAAUGUGUACUAGAAUAUUUGUCUGUCUAUGAACCAGUCAAAACGGUUGGACUGCAGUUCCCCGCUCAUCGUCUGUAGUCGAGGGCCCGACGAGGUGGACUACUGCCGACAGCCGCGUGAUAGUCGACGUCGCUUUCGAUGUUUCGGAAUGUGUGCGAGAGUGAUCUAAAUUAUUUAUAUUGUAUGUACUAUGUAGAUGUAUAUAGAGUUUAUUUUGUAAUAUCCCGAUAUGUAUGUACGACAGAGAAUAUAUCUGGUGGCGUGUGCGCCGGCGUUCACUUCACAGUGCAGCGUUGCCCGUCUCGACAGAACUGCACACACUUCAACAAAUAAAAUAAUUACUACACCAUCCUUAUUGAAAUCUCGUAAAAGCUGUUAUUAUCUCUAUGAUGACAAAUUAAUGUUACAUCUAUAGAGGUAUUCAACAGAAUUGCUGUCAAAACGGGUCACGCUGUACAUUAUAAUUUAUAAUUAGUAAUGUAAAAUUACAUAAUAUUAUGGCAAUUUGAGAGUCGAGUGAAAGGAAUUUUAUCAGUGAUUUUUAAAGUGAAGACUAUGCUUUUGAAGUAAUAAAACCUGCAUUUCAAAUUAAA